CGAGGUCUGGAGGCCGCGCAGCCGCAGUAGCCGCUACGGCCGCUCCCACCCCGGGGUAUCCUGGGACUAGGCUUUUCCGGAAGGAGCGGCUCGGCGUCGGGGCUAGGCCGGUAUUCUAGGCCCAAGCGCAGGCCCAGGCCUGUGUUCCCGGCCCUUGCUCAAAGACAGGCCGGUGGCCACUGCGACACUCUAGGUACAGCGGAGGGCGCAGCGGGCCGUUCGCUGAGGUGUCCGGACCCGCCGCCGAGCGGGCCGUGUAGCCACAGUACGUGGCGGCGCCUCUUCCUUGCCCGAAGCGGAACUGCUGAAGGAGCGGCAGCGCAGGCCGGACGAGGUGAACCAGGUCAUUUAACCGCCUUCAGGUGAUGAAUCAUCUGUCUAAUAAUCAGAUUUGAGGUCCACAGCCCUUUGUGGUCCUGCUACAGGGCGAUUUUCAGUGGAUGACUGACUGGCGUGGCCUGAGGGGUGCCGCAGUGACUGCCUUCCCUUGAUAAGGAAACGAGCUUUCUGUUCUUUCUGGACACCUCGCUGCCUGUAAAACAUUCCGGUUAUAACUUCUUUAUCCGGCUUGCAUCUCUGUGCAAGAGGAAAGCUUUCACAUGAAAGUGUCCCUUGGUAACGGCGAAAUGGGCGUCUCUGCCCAUUUGCAGCCUUGUAAGGCAGGAACCACACGUUUUUUUACCAGCAAUACUCACAGUUCGGUGGUACUGCAAGGCUUUGAUCAGCUUAGAAUAGAAGGAUUGCUUUGUGAUGUGACCCUGGUACCAGGUGAUGGAGAUGAAAUCUUCCCUGUUCACAGAGCUAUGAUGGCGUCUGCUAGUGAUUAUUUCAAAGCCAUGUUCACAGGUGGAAUGAAAGAACAAGAUUUGAUGUGCAUUAAGCUUCAUGGGGUGAACAAGGUUGGUCUGAAGAAAAUUAUUGAUUUUAUUUAUACUGCAAAACUUUCUCUUAAUAUGGACAAUCUUCAGGACACACUUGAAGCUGCUAGCUUUUUACAAAUAUUACCCGUUUUGGAUUUCUGUAAAGUAUUUCUUAUAUCAGGAGUCUCUUUGGAUAACUGUGUUGAGGUUGGACGAAUUGCUAACACCUACAAUCUUAUAGAAGUGGAUAAAUAUGUUAAUAAUUUCAUCCUGAAGAACUUUCCUGCUUUAUUGAGUACUGGGGAGUUUCUAAAACUCCCUUUUGAACGGCUUGCAUUUGUGCUUUCCAGUAAUAGUCUUAAGCACUGUACCGAACUUGAACUCUUUAAGGCAGCCUGUCGCUGGCUAAGGUUGGAAGACCCUCGGAUGGAUUAUGCUGCAAAGUUAAUGAAGAAUAUUCGAUUUCCACUGAUGACACCACAGGAUCUCAUCAAUUACGUGCAGACAGUAGAUUUCAUGAGAACAGACAAUACCUGCGUGAAUUUGCUUUUGGAAGCUAGCAAUUACCAAAUGAUGCCAUAUAUGCAGCCAGUGAUGCAGUCAGAUAGAACUGCCAUUCGAUCUGACUCCACUCACUUGGUUACAUUAGGAGGAGUUUUGAGGCAGCAGCUGGUUGUCAGUAAAGAAUUACGGAUGUAUGAUGAAAGGGCACAAGAAUGGAGAUCUUUAGCCCCAAUGGAUGCUCCCCGUUACCAGCAUGGUAUUGCUGUCAUUGGAAACUUUCUUUAUGUAGUUGGUGGUCAGAGUAAUUAUGAUACAAAAGGAAAAACUGCUGUUGAUACAGUUUUCAGAUUUGAUCCUCGGUAUAAUAAAUGGAUGCAGGUUGCAUCAUUAAAUGAAAAGCGCACAUUCUUUCACUUGAGUGCCCUCAAAGGACAUUUGUAUGCAGUUGGUGGGCGCAGUGCAGCUGGUGAACUGGCCACAGUAGAAUGUUACAACCCAAGAAUGAAUGAGUGGAGCUAUGUUGCAAAAAUGAGUGAACCCCACUAUGGUCAUGCUGGAACAGUAUAUGGAGGCUUAAUGUAUAUUUCAGGAGGAAUUACCCAUGACACUUUCCAAAAUGAGCUCAUGUGUUUUGACCCAGAUACAGAUAAAUGGAUGCAAAAGGCUCCAAUGACUACAGUCAGAGGUCUGCAUUGCAUGUGUACAGUUGGAGAUAAGCUCUAUGUCAUUGGUGGCAAUCACUUCAGAGGAACAAGUGAUUAUGAUGAUGUUCUAAGCUGUGAAUACUAUUCACCAACCCUUGACCAGUGGACCCCAAUUGCCGCCAUGUUAAGAGGCCAAAGUGAUGUUGGAGUUGCCGUCUUUGAAAAUAAAAUCUAUGUUGUUGGUGGAUAUUCUUGGAAUAAUCGUUGUAUGGUAGAAAUUGUCCAGAAAUAUGACCCAGAAAAAGAUGAGUGGCAUAAAGUUUUUGAUCUUCCAGAGUCACUUGGUGGCAUUCGAGCCUGUACACUCACAGUUUUUCCACCUGAAGAAAACCCUGGGUCACCUUCUAGAGAAUCACCUCUUUCAGCACCUUCAGAUCAUUCUUAGGUCUAAGGUGUAACACCUUUGCAGUACAUCAUGUGUGAUCUAAUACUUCCCCUUCAGUUGUAUCUUCUUACAGUGAUUGGUACAGUUAUUAGAUAUAAAGGUAACUGAUGUUAUUCGUCUUGUAUGGCUUUUAGUAUGUUUAUCAAGUGGCUAACAAAUGCAUUCUGAAAAUGUAUUUAACAUAGCUGUUUUAACAAAUGAAAAAAAGACGUAGAAAAAUGUUUAGAUGUCUUUUUGUGAUGUUAUAUAAAAUUGUAGAUGACUGUGGUAAAUGUGUAAUUAUGUCCAUUAUGCUUCAAAGUUGAGUUUUCAUCUUUGACUCCAAAAUGUCAGAGGGAGGCCGCUCUAAACUAAAAAUAACGAAAGGUUGCCAAGUAUUAAUACUAGUUACCUCCCUCUUUUCAUAGUUUUUGACAUGUCUGUCAACUUACUCGAUUGUGUGGUUGCAUUCAGAAUAUUUGAAGUUUCUUACGUAGACACAAAUAAUAAAAAUAUUAACUAGGAAAAAACAGUAUAGCACCAAGCCAGUAUUUGGUAUCUCUCUAGAGCGAGCAAGAGAGGGAGAGAGGAGGAAAAAAUACACAUAAUACAAACAUACAUGCAUGCACACAUACAUACAUAUGUAUACACACACAUAAUUUGAAAACUGAUUGGCACUUCAACGAUGCUGAAAUUGUUUUUAAAUUGAAGUUUCUUUCUUCCACAAAGCAGCCGUUUCUAUUCAAAUGGAAAUUCAGUACCAGAGAAUAAAUGUCUAUGUAGUCAUACUGAAUUUAGAUAGAUAAGGGCUACAGCAUACUAAAUCAACAACCAAAUUUGUCAUGUGACUAAACCGUUACUUCAGAUGAAGCUUACAUUACUGUUUUCUGCUUGUGUAUUUUCUGUAGAGUACUUUUACACAGAUUGGUAAAGUUCAGGUUUCAGAGAACUGCUUUUGUGCAGAAAAUUUAGGUUCUUUUUUCCACCUUUUUGGUCAGUAAAACUUAAUGAAAAAAGCAAAGAAAAAAAUAUUCUGAACAAAGCUAUAGGGUUUUAAGUUCAGCCUCCCAACUUAGUCAUCCUAACAUGAUUAUUUUGUGAUUUGGGGUGCUUGCCCUGGUGCUGUUCCAGUCCAUGUGCAUCCUGAGCUGUGUGAUCUGCCUCGAGGCUAUGAUCUGAGCAAGCAGGAGAUAACAUUUUCUUCUGCAUCAAGUGAGGAAAAAUGUGCUUUUGGCCAUGUCUCAAAGACAGGACCAACUUCAGAUUCCCAAAGAAGCCAGCUACAGAGCCUCUGGAACACUAUGGUCUUACAAGCAGUACUAAAAUCAACCCUCAGCCUCUUCAGUGCCAAAGGUAUCCCUAUUGGUUGAGAACCACAUGGUAAUUUUUAAUGGGACUUUUAUCAGCAAAUGGAGUUACAGGAAUUCUCUGUAAUGAGUGAUUCUGAAGAGGUACUUUCCUGGAAUAGUUGUCUACCUGAAGAAAAAAAUUUUAUAUAUACAUUGUGUGUGUGUGUAAUACACACACACACAACCCCGUAUACCUGGAAGAUUGUCAGCAUGUAAAUCAGGAACAACUUUCUCCUUAUUGACAAUCCCAUAAUAAAACUCAGGAACCAAGGCAAAAUGAAUUGGCUUCUAGGGGUCUGAACCUUACUGCCCAUACAAGUGUUGAUUCAUUUUAAUGCUGUUUAUGAUUUCUGCAUUGGCAGAAAUUUUCAUACUUUCUAUGUUUUUUUUUAAUUACUCAGUUUUUUAUUACUAAAAAUAGCACAUUUGAGUACAUUUGAAAAGUAGAAAAAUUAGAAAUUAUUAACUUUAUUGAAUAAGCAAGAAGUGCAUCCUAAUCCUUUGAUUAUUAAUGAGGUUGAAUAUUUGUGUGCUAUGGGUAGCUGUGUUUCUUCGAUCAAAUGUUCCUGUCCUUUUGCCCUUCUGUUAUCUGUUGGAGUUGCUUUGUUUUUCGUAUCAAGUUAUAGGAUCUCUUUAUAUAAUAAAUGUAAUUUAACUUGCA